AUGAAGUUAAUAUCUGCAUGUAGCUUUUUUCUGACACAUUUGAACAAACCAACAUUCAAAAAAUACUUUCUACUCAAUCCGGUGCCAGAUUGUUUACAGUGCGUAACCAAUCUUCCUCCUAUGAACAAUGAUUACUUUGUUCAAACUCCUUUUGUACUGCCACCUAAAUUUCAAGAAAAUUCACAAAUCUGCUUGAGCGCUGAUAUAUAUAGUAAAACUCCCAAAUCACCAAGACUUGCUCUUAAUAAUUUAAAUGUGCAGUGUUCAACAUCUUCUGAACUAUAUUCAUGGUGUCCUGUCUCACCGCAAGUAGAUGGAGAUUGUUGUCUUGCUGGAAUAGAAAGAAGACCUAAUCAAACAUCUUGUAGAUUUGUAGUUACUAAUCGUGUAUCAUGUGUUUCAGAAAAUGGUCAGUCUGUAUACACGGAAGGUAGUAGUAAUAUCUAUUAUUUACGUGGAGGUUUUUCUUGGUCAACAUUUUGUGCACUUCAUCCUAUGUUAUCAAUUAAUUCACCUCCCCCUGGAAUGAUUGAUGCAUUUUCUAAUGGUUUCCCUGCACAUAAUUGGAGGAGUUGGACUCAAGGACUGCACUAUUUUAUAACUACCACUCUUGAAGGCAUUAAAGAGCCUAUAGUCAUUAAUUCUGGUGUGAAACCUGUAAAUGUGCCAAAUUCGAUUGAUACUAAUAAGCCACUAAAGCAAAAUCAAUACAAACACAUAUUAAACUCAAUCAAUCGUGAUGUAGACCUCGAUUCAUUUGUUGUGAAUACAUUUCGUAAUUUGGAAAAUGAUUUAGAAACUACCGAUCCUACUUCAAAGACAAAUGAUGAUGAUGUUCCAAGCAAUGAUAAAUCAGCACCGCCGACCAGAUCAAACGACAAUGAUGGCGAUGAUGCGAAUAACAAUGUAUCUGUUGCUUCUUCCUUCUCUCAUUUCACUUCCAUCUCCAAUGUUCCAUUUGUUAUGAAUAUGUCAAAAAAAUCAAGACAGCGAAAAGUUCCGAAAAAAAAUCAAUCCAAUGGUGAUCGUCAUCAUCAUCAUCACACUAAUGCUGCACUAAAGAAAUCUAUCAAAAAAAAUCAAUAUUUAGCCAUGGAAAAAAGGACAAAUUUACAUCGAAUAAAAAAAUCCACUUAUUCAUUACAUAAUAAACAUCAAUUGCCGCCGAAUGGUUUAUUAUUGAAUCGUCAAUCUAUAGUCAAGGAUAAAAAUACUACUAAUAAUAAUAAUGAUAACAGUAGUAGUAUUGAUGAACGUUAUCGUUUAUACACUGCGUCAGGUAAAGUAAUUGAUGUUAGAGAAUUAAAUCGUACAAGAUCUGGACGUAUUGUUUUACCGAAACUUGAUUCACGUUAUGAACAAAGUGUUGUUUUAAAUCAUGGGCAUAUUAUGGGUGUUAGUCGUAAUGCGGAUGAUGAGACUUUAGUAUCGUGGAUUUCUGAAUCAUCCAGUAGUCAAUAAUAGGACUGACUGACUGACUGACUGUAAAAUGGGGUAGAGCAGUAACAUUUAUGUAUGUAUGUAUAAUAGGUUUAUCUGUUUAACAAUGUAAUGUAUAUGAAAUUCACUAUUGAUUUUUUGUUCAUUGUACUUAUUUUAUUUUUUUU